UUGCGGGCAGCCCCGGCGCGCCCGAGCGGCACACCCACUCUCCUUAUUAGGACAGACUCGGAGCCCGGCGGGCGGCGGCUCGAGGAGGUGGGGCGGGAGCCCAGGGACGAGCUAGCCCAGGGCGCAGGCUCAGCCUCAGCCGCUUCCGAGCGCCGGAGGGAGCAGCCGGUCUCUGCGCUCGGCCACCUUGCAGCGACCCUGCCGCGGUCCCGGGCCCGCGAUCUUCCUCCCCAACCCCUGCCCCCAAACUCGGGUCCAAACCACUUGCAAAGAAAUGGAAGAAUUUUUGCAGCGCGCCAAGUCUAAGCUGAAUCGAAGCAAACCCUUGGAGAAGGUUCACGUGGUUAUUGGACCUAAAUCAUGUGACUUGGAUGCUCUCAUUUCUGCCUUUACAUAUGCCUACUUUCUAGAUAAGGUCAGCCCACCUGGGGUUCUGUGUUUACCAGUGCUGAAUAUUCCAAGAACUGAAUUCAACUACUUCACUGAGACCAGGUUUAUAUUAGAAGAGCUGAAUAUCUCUGAAUCCUUCCACAUAUUCCGAGAUGAAAUUAACCUGCAUCAGCUCAAUGAUGAAGGGAAGUUGUCCAUAACACUUGUUGGUAGCAACGUCCUGGCAAGUGAGGACAAAGCACUGGAAUCAGCAGUUGUCAAAGUCAUUGACCCAGUUGAGCAGAACGGUGCCAAGUUGGAGUUCCAAGAGUCUUCCUCAUCCCUUGUGCUGAAAGAGCUUCUCCAGGAGGCUCCGGAGCUCCUCACCGAGCAGCUGGCUCAUCUUCUCAGAGGCAGCAUCCUUUUCAAGUGGAUGACUAUGGAUCCAGAGAAGAUCUCAGAGAUGCAGGAGGAGAUUCUGUCUGUCCUGGAGGACAAGUUUCCUAAUCUGCCUCCGAGAGAGGACAUCAUCAGUGUCCUACAGGACACCCACUCCAGUGCACAUGGUUUAAGUACUGAGCAAACAAUGUUGAAAGAACUGAAGGAACUGUCAGAUGGAGAAAUAAAAGUGGCCAUUAGUGCUGUGGACAUGAACCUUGAGAACUGUGUGUUUCACAGCAAUAUUGCCGGUGAUUUGAAAGCAUUCACAGAGAAGUUCGGCUUUGAUGUCCUUGUCCUAUUCUCCAGCUACCUGUCAGAGGAUCAGCAGCCUAGACGGCAGAUUGCUGUAUACUCUCAGAACCUGGAGUUGUGCAAUCAGAUUUGCUGUGAGCUGGAAGAGUGUCAGAACCCUUGCCUAGAACUGGAGCCCUUGGAAUGCGGCUGUGCUGAGAUCCUGGUGUACCGGCAGGAGGACCCCGCUGUGACUUGUGAUCACGUGGUUCUUCUUGUCAAGGAAGUCAUCAACAGAAGAUGUCCAGAAAUGGCCUCCAACAGCCGGACGUCCUCCACGGAAGCUGUGGCAGGCAGUGCUCCCCUUUCCCAAGGCUCUUCCGGGAUUACGGAAUUGUAUGGCUCUGAUGUAGAGCCACAGCCCAGCGCUGCGAAUUUCAUAGAGAACCCUCCAGACCUCAGUGAUUCUAACCAGGCGCUAGUGGAUGUCAACAUAGACCUUGUUAGUCCAGAUAGCGGGCUAGCCACCAUUCGGAGCAGCCGGUCAUCCAAGGAGAGCUCUGUCUUCCUCAGUGAUGACAGUCCAGUGGGAGAAGGUGCUGGGCCUCACCACAGUCUCCUUCCAGGCUUUGACUCCUAUAGUCCCAUCCCUGAAGGGGUCGUGGCAGAAGAGCAUGCACGGUCUGGGGAAGGCAAUGAACACUUUGACCUCUUCAACUUUGACUCGGCUCCCAUGGUUUCUGGGCAGUCCCAGCCAUCUUCCCAUUCUGCCGAUUGUUCCCCCGCAGACGACUUCCCCAACAGUGAUUCAUCCGAGGGACAGCUUCCCCCCGGGCCAAAAGGACUUGAUGAGACAGGGGCCAACCUGUCCAGCUAUUCAUCCAGUUCCCUUUUGUCAGAGGCUGGCAAAGACAGCCUGGUGGAAUUUGAUGAGGAGUUUGUCCAGAGACAAGAAAGUCUGGGAGAAAACUCUGAAAGAAAUUUGAACCUGGAAGGUUUUGUGGAAGAUGAAUCGCCUUCACCAGAAAGGCUGAACAAUAUUGGAAAGCAAAUCCCACCCACACCUAUGAAUAGUUUUGUGGAAAGUUCACCAUCCACUGAAGAGCCAGCCUUGCUCUAUCCAGAAAACACAAUCCCUAAAGCAAUGGACACAGGUCACCUUGGGCCACCUCAGACCCAGACACGGUGCAGCAGCUGGCGGGGUGGUUUGGAAAUUGACUCUAAAAAUGUUGCAGAUGCAUGGAGUUCCAGUGAACAAGAAUCUGUCUUUCAGAGUCCUGAAUCAUGGAAAGAUCAUAAGCCCAGCCCUACUGACAGGAGAGCUUCAGAUUCUGUCUUUCAACCAAACAGUCUUGACUUCCCAAAGUCAGAUCCCUGGGAGUCUGAAUUUGGUCAGCCAGAACUUGGUAGCAAUGACAUUCAAGGCAAAAAGGAAGAAAGCUUGCAGUUUCAAAACCUGCCCACUGAGAAGCCACAUUUACCAAAUGCUUCUCCUCAGGGAACAAACCACCUGAUAGAAGACUUUACUGCUUUGUGGCAGUCUGGUCAUUCUCCAACAGCAAUGCCUGAGCCCUGGGGAAACCCUACAGGUGAUGGGCAACCAGUGGCUGCCAUGUCAUUUGCAGCCUGGAGUGCAUUUCAUAAAGAAGAUGAUGCUGAAGCUCUAAAAAAUACCUGGAAUCUUCACCCGACAAGUGGCGAGACACCUGCUUUGAGGAACCCAAAUGAGUGGGUGAUGGCAAAAAAUGGGUAUUCUUUUCCUUCAGAAGGCCUGCUGGACAAUUCAGCCACUGAGGCAAAUAAUGAGGCAGCUCCAAAAAUCUGGGCCAAGAAGAACAAUGACUCUAGGGAUAAUAUCUUUGUAUCUGGAAAUCCCAGUCCCAGCCUGGAUCAUACAUGGAAUAAUUCCCAGCCACUAAGGAAAGAUCAAAAUGGUUUUGUGGAUCCUAAAAUUAGGGGGAAGGUAUAUGAAAAGGUAGAUUCCUGGAACCUUUUUGAGGAGACUGUUAAGAAAGGAGGAUCAGAUGUGCUAGCCCCUUGGGAAGAUUCCUUCUUAGCAUACAAAUGUUCAGAUUACAGUGCAUCAAAUGUAGGAGAAGAUUCAGUGCCUUCUCCCUUAGACACCAACUACUCCACUUCUGACUCUUACACAUCACCAACAUUUGCUGGAGAGGAAAAAGAAACAGAAAACAAGCCACUUGCCAAAGAGGAAGUGUGUGAGUCCAAAGACACUGACUCAACUGUAGAAGAAGCUGAAGUUCCUCUGCAAUCACUGCAGCAGCUUCCUAGAAAUCGAAUCGGUUCAGGCCCUGGGAACCUAGCCAUGUGGGCUUCAUCUCACACAGAUGACAAUUCUGAAAUAAAUGCUGCUCAUGACACAGAUAAAGACUUACUCCAUGCUGAGCAUGCAGAUGAGCAGAACAUCUCCAUGGAGGAUGAGGUGGGGGAAAGCAGCCAGUCCAGCUAUGAUGACCCCAGUAUGAUGCAAUUGUACAAUGAGACAAAUCGGCAGCUCACACUUCUGCACAGCAGCACCAACUCCAGGCAGGCAGCUCCUGACAGCCUUGACUUAUGGAAUGGAGUGAUUCUUGAGGACACGCAGUCCACUGCCACGAUCUCAGAUAUGGAUAAUGACUUGGACUGGGAUGACUGCAGUGGGGGGGUGGCAAUCACCAGUGAUGGUCAAGCGGAAGGAUAUAUGGAUGAGAGUACUGAACCAGAAACCCGAUUUUCAGUGAAACAGCUGGAACCAUGGGGCACGGAGUAUCAGGAAGAAAACCAGAUAGAUUGGGAGCUCCCUGCCUCCACUGAGCAUGCCAAGGAUACCGCUCCCAAAGAAUAUCACACACUGAAUGAGAAAAAUGGGCAGCUAAUUGCAAACAGUAUUUGGAAUUCUGUGAUGAGAGAUAAAGAUGUGUCAUCAUUCAGGUUACCAGGCCCAUCAUAUAUGACAGAUUCAGAAGAAAGCAAUUUGCCUUCUGAAAGUCCCAGCCAUUCAGCAAAUGCUAUGUACAGUCACAUCACAGAAGGGCUAGAAGCCUCUGGAAUCAGCGAGUCAGCAGCACACACACCUCGUCCUGAUGACCAGGACAUGGGGACAGGAACCUUGCCAGGUGAUACAGCAUCCUUGGUCCCCAAGCUUGAGAACCCAGGACAUGUUGCAUGCUCAGAUCUAUGGAUAGGUCGUAGUUAUAGAAAUAGUGAAAGUGAACAUGAAGCCCCAGGAGCCUCAAGCAGAAGGUGCCUUGAUACAGAGGAGGUGAUGGGCUCUGGGGAUGAUAGUGCCUCAGGGAAUUCUGGAGAAGGCGCUAGUGGCCAGGAUCUGUCUUCCCCAGUUGCAUCUGAAUAUCAAGAAAUCUAUGCCGAAUCAGGCGAAAUCAGCUCUCUUCCAGCCACUUGGAGUCCUCAAACAGAGGAGCCAAAGAAGGCUUUAGAGUAUAAGGACACUUAUAACCUAGAUGCCUGUGAUUCACAAACAGAGAUGUCCACAAAUAACCUGCAGGCAAAGGAGACCUACAAAGAGCCCCUCAUGGAUCACAGAAAUUCUGGGGAAAUGACUGAGAUUUCAGGUAAGGUGAAUUUAACAAAAAAUUUAUCUUCAUUUGCAAUGGAUCUUGAGAAAGUGGAAGAAUAUAACAUUCUGGAGCAAGAAAGAGUAAAUGAAGGGCCACUUCAUGAAUCUCCCCAAAGCCUUGUUGUUGGGGAUGGCUCUGUAGACAGUGAUGUGCAGGCCAAUUAUACAAUUUCUGAGAUAACUAAGACUCUUGAAGUGAAGAGUGCUGCAAAUAGCCUCCCAGGAGCCAGUUCAUCUGGAAGUUAUGACAAAGACAGCCUUUCCAGUGAUGAGUAUACACACUCCAGUGCAUCGAGUCCGGACCUAAAUGAUUCUUCAACUGCAUUGUCCUCCUCGGCCCAUGGACCCGGUACUGAGCAUCAGAAAGAGAACCAAGAUGAACGGAGUGAACAGAAUCACCAACCAUCGGAAGUAAUAAGCACUGAUGGCCAAGUAGAAGUACUUACUGAAAUGAAGAAUUUAGAGAAAAACAGGAUGGAUGAGUUUGAAAAGAGCUUUGAUCAAAAAGUUCCUAAAUUUUUAGAGAUUUGGAAUGAUUCCAUCGAUAGUGAUUCUUUAUCCUCUUUAUCAAGCCCUGAAACAGGCAAAUAUUUUGACUAUUCAGGUACAUAUCAGGACAGAAAUCUAGUGGUUAGCCAUGAGGAGAACCAUAAACGUGUUGUUCUUGAAACUGUGCAGCCAGAGGAUGCCAAGGUCAUUUCAACAAAUUCAGGUUCUCAUGAUAAUUCAGUGGGUAAUGAAGAGUCAGUAGAGGAAGACACUCAUUUGGUCCCUUGUCAAGUUACUCAGAGUGAAUCCAGAGCUUGGGAUGCAUUCAAUGAAUCUAAGUUCUUGACCACAGCAGAACCCAACGCUGAGGAGUUUUCUGAUUAUACAGGUAGUUCAGAACUAGCAGAGAGUGAAAAUAAGUCACCCACAUCAUAUGAUAGUCAAAGCAGCUCCAAUCACUGGCAUUUCCCACCACUCACAGAGACUGAAAUUCAGAUCACAGCAGAGGAGAAGGAGUCACAACCUUCUCCAGAAGCAAGGAAGACAAGAGAUGAAAUAUGGCAAAUGUCUCCCAAAACUGAACCAAAGAAUGAAGCUCAUUCUAAAUUAGAAAUGCGUGGCUUCUCAGCUGAGAGCAGUGAGUGGUGGAAAGCCCCCUUGUGGGAAGGGAGACCCACUGAGAGUACAUUUCAGGGAGUACUGUCUAACUCAAGUGUUGCAUUAGUGAGGAAUUCUUCAGUAUAUCCAAGUAUGAGUCCAUGGAGAGUACCCACCCAGGAUGAUACUGAGUCCAUGCAAACACACUGUGCUAAUCCUUUCAGUGACGAACUUCAGCCACCCUUCCUGGGUAGUAAUGGGGACAACUCCCAUGAGCAACUUUGGAAUAUCCAACCAAGGCAGCCAGACUCGGAUGCUGACCAGUUUAGCCAGCUUGUAGUAUCGGACCAAAUUAAAGAAAAUGAUUGCAGAGAGCAAACUUUUAUAUCUUCUGCUGGUCAUGAACUUCCUUCUGAGACACUCACUCAAGAGCAAUGUCAGGGUACCAUGCUAUCUGUCUGGGAUCAGCCAGACCCAGAAAUUAGUCACUCGGAUAAAAAUGGACAUGUUACAGCUAACACCUCAACUAUUGAUUGUCAGGAAGCAAAUUGGUGGGAACAAGAAAAAUCAGACCUUAGUGAGAUGACACAUUCAAGCACUGCCACACAAAAUCUCCCUGCUGUCCAUUCUCCCAGCCAGUUGAUAAAGAAGUCAGUCUCUGAAUGGAAAGGCUCCAAUCCUAAUGAGGGCCCCCGUGGUACCUUUACUCCAGAUAUUUUACAUGACAGCUUCCAAGAGGGUGGGCAGCUGCCCUCAGCCUCCCCUGACUUGUGGGUGGAUGUCAAGCAGCCCUUCAGUCUGAAAGCAGAUGGCAAGAAUCCUGACAUACUCACUCACUGUGACCAAGACAACAAUUCUCAGGCUUCCAGUAGCCCUGAUAUAUGUCAUGAUUCUGAAGCAAAGCAAGAGACUGAGCAGUAUGUCAGUGCUUGUAUUGGACCUGAAGUGGAACUCAGUGAAUUCUAUCUCACUGAGUCAAAGAUAAAUGAAGAUCUGAGUCUGCAGCCUGGGCAGGAAUCUGUCCCAUGCAAUUUGGAACUCUUUGCUGAAAACAUAAUUCCACUGCCUCUGGUUAGCAAUCAAGCAAACAUAAAUGGCUCAUCUCAGCCUGCCUCUUCUACAGGUUCUCCUGAGCAUUCUGAAAUGAAUGAUGACAACAGUACAGGUUUAGAAGCAUCAGGAGAAGGACCUAGCACAGAUACAGCACCGGUUUUGGAACUCAUUGACAGGACAAUCCAAAGGAUUGAAAAUGUGGGAACUCGGAUUUUUGUUACUCACCAGGAGCCAACUAUGGAAGGCAACCACUCCUGGGUACCAGAGAACUUUUCUCCUGAAAGUCAGACAGGUAUAGGGGCUUUGUCUAACUGUGAGUCACUCUUUGGUCCUGAGACUCCUGCUACAGUUACUGAUACUUUGCUCACCUCGGGGACUUGUUUGGAUGUAGGUGAAGCUGCCUUUGACCACAGUUUCAGUGAUGCCUCCGGUCUUAACACUUCCACAGGGACAAUAGAUGACAUGAGUAAACUGACACUGUCAGAAGGCCAUCCUGAAACACCAGUUGAUGGAGAUGCUGGGAAACAAGAUAUCUGUUCAUCCGAAGCCUCAUGGGGUGAUUUUGAAUAUGAUGCAAUGGGCCAGAACAUCGAUGAAGAUUUAAUGAAAGAGCCUGAACAUUUUCUCUAUGGUGCUAACUUUCCCUUGGAGGAAAAUGGUCAGAGGCAGUCAGUGGCACCCUACACCCCUCCCUUUGACUUGUCCUAUCUAACAGAAACCCAGCAUAGUGCCGAGAUAACAGAAGAAGCUGGGUCUCCAGAAGAUUUAUCUCUGGGAAUUGAAGCAGCAGAGAUGUUGCUUUCUGCUCUUCCAGAUCAAAGUGAGGGAAACCACACUGAGACCAAAAGUGGACAGCCUGGGCACCACCCAUUUGUGAUGCAUAUUCAUGAAGACCCAGAGUCAGUUUCUUUUCCAGUAGGAGAUGCAAGCUCCAACUUUGAGUCAUCUCCACCAAACAUUGACUGGGAAGUAGGAUCAGAUAAUUCUGACUCACCAGCAGGUGGAGACAUGGGACCACCAAAUGGUGCCAACAAGGGAAUAUUAGAGUUGGAAGAAGAAAAUAUAAUCCCUGACAAAGAGCCUGAAGAGAUAAAAUCGGAAUAUAAAGAAGAAAGAUGGACAGGGAAGAAUGAAGAUCAUCAUGCAAUACACAUGGAUUACAUACUUGUAGGCCAUGAACAAAAUUCACCCCUGAAGCCAGAGGCCUGUGAAGCAAGAGAAAGUACAUCUCAAUUAGAGGAAUCACACAUAGGUUCUGAAGAAACAGGACUGAUAGGAACUCAGGUAGAAAGCUUCCCAGAUACAUGUGAGCCUGCCCCCUUAAAUGGAAACAAAGAUCAUUCUAUAGAGAGACUGUCACCCAAAGAUGACAAGAGGGUGUCUCUUGGAAGUUCUGCGAAAGACCAGAGUUGGAUGGUUUUGGGCUGUGGCAAGGUUAGCCAUCCAUCACCAGAAGCCAGGGGCUCAGGAACUGAUUGGGCUGACAAGACUGUGGAGCCGUUCUCUGAUCCAUACAUGAUCGAAGGAUCUCACAUUGAAGAAAUGAAGCCUCUAGAAUCUUUAGCUCUAGAGGAAGUCUCUGGUCUGAGCAGCCAGUCACGGAAGAUGAAGAACCGAGGUAGAGCUGGCCCAGACACAGUUCUGUUGCAAGCUGUCACCCAUGACAAUGAAUGGGAAAUGCUUUCACCACAACAGUCUCAGAUAAACAGGAUCCCUGGAAGGGAAAUGGAGGAGGAGACAGAGUUCCUUGAGCCUGGAACCAGAAAACCAAGACCAAAUGGACUCCUGUCAGAGGAUGUAGGAAUGGAUGUCCCCUUCGAGGAGGGGAUGCUGAGUCCCAGUGCUGCAGACAUGAGGCCUGGUGAAGACAGGAAACUUCCUUUACUAUACUCUCACACAGACAGAACACUUCAAUGGCCAGAACCUCCUAAUUCGCUGGAUCUUAAUGGCACUCAUCCUCAGAGAAUCAAGCUCACAGCCCCAAAUAUCAAUCUUUCUCUGGACCAAAGUGAAGGAUCUAUUCUCUCUGAUGACAACCUAGACAGCCCAGAUGAAAUUGAUAUCAACGUGGAUGAACUUGAUACUCCUGAUGAGGCAGAUUCCUUUGAGUAUACAGGCCAUGAAGAUUCCAUGGUCAACAAAGACUCUGGCCAAGAGUCAGAGUCCAUUCCAGAAUAUACAGCUGAAGAAGAGCGUGAAGACAACCGGCUGUGGAGGACAGUGGUGAUCGGAGAACAAGAGCAACGGAUUGACAUGAAGGUCAUCGAGCCCUACAGGAGAGUCAUUUCUCACGGAGGAGAUUCAGGAUACUAUGGGGAUGGUCUAAAUGCCAUCAUUGUGUUUGCUGCUUGUUUUCUGCCAGACAGCAGUCGGGUGGAUUACCACUAUGUCAUGGAAAAUCUUUUCCUCUAUGUAAUAAGCACAUUAGAGCUGAUGGUAGCUGAAGAUUAUAUGAUUGUAUAUUUGAAUGGUGCAACCCCAAGACGGAAGAUGCCAGGCCUGGGCUGGAUGAAGAAAUGCUACCAGAUGAUUGAUAGGCGGUUGCGCAAGAAUUUGAAAUCCUUCAUCAUUGUUCAUCCAUCCUGGUUCAUCAGAACGAUCCUUGCUGUGACACGGCCUUUUAUAAGUUCAAAAUUCAGCAGUAAAAUUAAGUAUGUUAGUACCCUAUCAGAGCUCAGCGGAUUGAUUCCAAUGGACUGCAUCCAUAUCCCAGAGAGCAUCAUCAAGUACGAUGAAGAGAGAUCUUUUAAGAGAAGUGUGAGACUGGAUGAAGAACUGAGAGAAGCAUCAGAAGCAGCUAAAACUAGCUGCCUUUACAAUGAUCCAGAAAUGUCUUCUAUGGAGAAGGAUAUGGACCUGAAGCUAAAAGAAAAGCCCUAGCUGGCUCUGGCUGGAGAAGAAGGCUGCUCUUUCUUUGUGGUUCUAAAGAGAAACACAUCUACCUGGAAGAGACAGGGCUGACAUCACCUUUUUCCACUUCGCACUACCUGGUGCCAUUCUAAAUUUCUAAGGGGUGAAACAGGAAAGGAGUUUGUUUACUUUUACCAUGUUCUAUGAAAUUGUGUGUAUUUUCCUAUUUUGCCAAUUAUGUGCCUCAGAGUUUUUAGUUGAACCUUAGCAAGAAAGUAGGACUUUCCAUUUAAAGAUUUUGUUUACCCUUGGUGUAGUGGUAUGUGGUCCCGUAGGCAGAUGUUUAGCAAUAUGCUAACUUUAAAUCCAUUGUUAAGGGUAAGUGGACUUAUCCAUAGAUAGCUAGAUUGCUUCACAGUAAUCACUGAAAAUUUCAAGUACACAGGGCUCACACUCUGCCAUACCCAGUGAGAGUUGCUGCCCGUAAUGCCACCUUUACAAUUCGAAGCCUGCUUAGGAAGCCAUAAGCCAGACACAGGUGUGAAAACAUCAUCAGCCAAGUGAAUCAUCAUCACAUAAGUCCUCUUUUACUUCUCAGAGGGAGGCCAAGGUUUCUUAUAUCAAUUUUAAUUAUCAUGAUUACAUGAUUUAUUUUAAAUAUCAUGAUUUACAAAAAUGGAUCUUUUAAAAUAUUAUUUUCUCCUAUGAAUGUUGAAUACCUUCAUUUGAAAAACUUAAGGCUGAAUUAGUGGUGGUCUAUACUUUGGGCCACAAACCAGGCUCUAGAAGUUAUACUUUAAGGGUAAAGAACUCAAAUCCCACUCAAAAAUUAUUUGGGAACAUUUAAUUAUCUAAAUUUCUCUCUCAUGUGCAUUAUAGAAAGUGAUUUGCUCUAAGACAUUCUAACCUGAUCACAGAUUUAAAAAGAAAUGUAAAAAAAUAAAUAAAAAGAAAUGUAUGUGCUACCAUUUACAAAAUAGUUUAUAGUUUUCAUAUGCCCUUUAAAAUGCCAAUGUGACUUCAAAUCUGUUGGGUUUUAGUAGAGUUUUGCAAACAAUGCCAACUCUAAGGGUACCAUCAUAAGCUAAGGAUGGUUUUCACAUUUAUGGUUGAAAAAAUUUCAUUUUUCAUGACACAAGAAAAUUAUUCAAAUUUUAGUAUCCAUAAAUAAAGUCCUAUUGAAACACAGCCACAUAAAUUUGUUUUUUUUACUGUUUGUAGCUACUUUUACACUACCUCAGAAGAGUUGAGUAGUUACAACAGACCAUAUGGCCACCAAGCCAAAAACAUUUACUGCCUUUACACAGAAAGUUAGCCAGCUUCUACCCUACCAAAUAUGUCUUUCCCACUCUACUCCUCACCAUUUGUAUUUGAUUUCUUCAGCAGAAUGAACAAAUAAGGCUACAAACUAAUUUUUUUUUGGCAAAAGAAAUUUUCAACAUCUGCAGACAGUCAAAUAAAAUACAUGGUCUGCUAAGAAAAGACAAGGACUGCUAGGUGCAAAAGCAUGGCACAAGUUGUAACCGCAAUGCUCAAAGCAAACCCUUCUUAAAAGUUCCUCCUGAGCUAUUUUCAGGCAUUGUGGAGGUCCUUGAUUUCCCUCUGGAACCAUUCUUAGUCUCCAGUGUCACCCUUUACAAGUAAGCUGGCAGAAAUAAAAAUGUAAUGGAGAGGGGGCUCUGCUGUAGCCUCAGGGCAGUAACUCAAUGGAGACAGCUGUCUGGGAUACUUUGAGCUGUGGGUACAAUAAGCCCUGGAUUGCUUUGACGUAGACAUCUCUGCAUAGACCACUGAGUUUCUCUGCCCUUACUGCUUCAUGUCUGCUUCCACCUACCUUCCACACAUGCUCACACAACAUACAUGAGUCAGCUCUUUCCUCCAUUAGCCUCCAUAGUUACCUAUCAUCCCUUGUUAUGCCUUCCAAUUUAAACACUGUAUCUUUUUGGAUCUCCUUUCUCAUGUCUGGCUUAUCUGAAAGAAAAACCCUACAGCCCACCCACUCUUACAGCCUACCUCUACCUUUGGAAGCCCAAAUAAUGCCCGCCCCCACACAUGGUGUUGACAUAACCAUAGUUACCCAAUUCUGCUUUGUUUACCUGCUUAACACCUUCCCUCAGUAGUGUUCCAUCUUGGAAGAUGAGCUAUGUGGUUUCUGUAACUAUGUUGAACCUGAGUCAUGAGGAAUCCAGGGUUCAACUUAGUAGUACAAACCUGAGGACACAGAGGUGUGGGUAGAGGGCUCCUGUUACAGCUGCUAGUCAUGGCAACAAUUUCACCAGUCACACUGUCUUUGAACUGGUCAGUGACUCAAGUGGUAACACUGUGUGAAGCUUCCUCUUCCCACACAGAAAUUAUGAGCAUCUUUCCCAAUCCAACAAUAUUGUUUGACCAUCCUAUAUGCUACAGAUCCAUUCUGAUAUUGAGGUAUCUGCUAUUUUAUUACCUUAAAAGGGCAAAUUAAUUUAAGUGCAUGUGCUAGAGAAAAGCUACCAUGUAAAUUCAAUCCAAGUAAAUAGAAGCAUAGGUAAAUCCUGAAAAAAUAGUCCCUACACAGAUAGGUAGACCAAUGUAAACUUUCACAUCAUUCAGCUCUCUAGCUCUUGCAUUCUGAGCAUUCUUGCUUUGGUUCUGACUUCUGGGAACUGCUUUGCACUUUUCCUGUAGAUUUUUUGUUAAAGGAACCAAGGGCUCAUUAUGGGACAAAAGUAUUGUUUGUAUUCAAAGUGGCAACUGUUCUUUGUGUAGCUCUUGAUUUAAACCAAGAACAAAAAUUUGCACAGAAGAUACCGUGGAGGAGUGAGAAGGUUUGAGAGCAGUAGCUGUGUAAGGAAGAAACCCUGAAGUUCCUGCUGAAGCCAUACAGUGUUUUAUAGGGUUCCUCCUAAGGCCUAUGCUGAGAUGUGGAAGUCACCACUCCUAGUCCUUGUUAUCAAGAUAUCACUGAGUGUUCAGUAAUGGUACUUACUACAUUUGCAAUGCGCAUCUCAUCAUAAUGCCUCAGUAGUUUACUCCCUUAGAAACAUUUAGAUGUGCACAAAUUAAUCUUUUAUAUAUUUAAAAAAUUUUCUACCCUGUAUAAGAUUGCUCAGAAUAAAGUGUCUAUGAAUAAAUUUGUCUAUUGGCAAAUAAAUUCUCCCUAGUGUGGAUUAAUAAUAUAAAAAUAUGUAAAAACAGAAUAUAUCUAUAUAACCUCUCUGUAUCAUUCAGAAAUAAAAGUUGAUUCCACAUGUU